AUGUCAAGAGAUACCCAACCUCUCAAGGUCAAAAAGUCAAAAAAGUCUGACGCUGAACCCAUAGAUGCCGUAGAUGCAGCCGAACAACCUACAGCUGAAGACUCCGUAAAAGACGUCGAAAAGAAGAAGAAAAAGAAGAGCAAAAGGUCCAAGGAUGAGUCUGCCUCUGAGGAGACUGCGAUGGUAGUGGACACGGAAGAAACACAGGCUGAAAGUACAGAGAAAGAAAAGAAGAAGAAGAAGAAAAGCAAAAAGGCUGAUGCCGACGUGCAGCAGAAUGUGGAGGGUGACGCUAUGGAUGUGGAUGCUGAACCUAAAGAGAAGAAGAAAAAGAAGAAGAAAAGCUCGGAGGAAGUUGCAGAAGAAACUCCCGUUGUUUCAGAGGACUCUGAGAAAAAGAAGAAACGAAAACGCGACGAGAAAGACGCCGCCGCGAGCACCUCGGAAUCUAAAGAGGACAAAAAGAAACGCAAGAAGCAGAAAAAAGAGGAAUCCUCAACUCCUGCCGAAUCGUCCACUCCAAAUGUCCCUUCCACUUCCGCCUCCACAUCCAGUGCUCCCGCACCUUCAUCUGCAGAGACCGCUGCUUUCCUUGAAAAGCACUCUGUUACAAUUACCUGUCCUCCUGGCGUCCCAGCUGUUGUCCCCGUUAUCAGCUUUGCACAGCUGAAUGUUCCUGCUGAACUACAGACCUCAUUCAAGGGCUUCAAGGAACCUACACCCAUUCAGGCCUGCACCUGGCCACCUGCGCUGGAAGGCCGCGAUGUCGUCGGCAUCGCCGAGACCGGAAGUGGAAAAACUUUGGCAUUCGGUAUUCCCGCCCUCAACCACCUAAUCUCUUCAAAAACCAAAAAUUCCACCGCGUCCGGAAAAUCGACCGUGUCUAUCCUCGUUGUUGCGCCUACGCGGGAGCUCGCGGACCAGACCCACAGCACGCUGUCUGCACUAGGGAAGCCAUUUGGUAUUGCUAGUGUCGCCGUAUUCGGUGGUGUGCCCAAGGACGCACAAGUGAAGAUGCUUAAGAACGCUAAUAAGGUCAAAGAUGGGCUCACUACGCGUAUCAUUGUUGGCACGCCUGGACGCAUCUUGGAUCUCAUGCAGGAUGGAGCAUGCGAUCUCAGCCAGGUAAACUACCUUGUGUUAGAUGAAGCUGAUCGUAUGCUGGACAAGGGUUUCGAAAAUGACAUUCGAAACAUCAUUGCUGCUACGAAACCUUCUGCUGAGAGACAGACAAUGAUGUUCAGCGCGACUUGGCCCGAAGCUGUGCGGCGCCUAGCAAGCACCUUUCAACGCGACCCCGUCCGAGUGACCGUCGGAAGUGAUGACCUUACAGCCAAUAGCCGCGUUGAGCAGAUCGUGGAAGUAUUUGAUGAUGCCCGCUCAAAAGAUCAGCGGCUUCUCAGCCAUCUGAAAAACCUUGCUCACAAAAAGACGACGACUACCGGAGCAUCGGAGUCGCGAAUCCUGGUGUUUGCCCUUUAUAAAAAGGAGGCGUCACGGGUGGAGCAGAUGCUUCGUAGGCAGGGGUACUCAGUCGGCGCGCUGCACGGUGACAUGUCGCAGAAUGCGCGCACAGAGUCGCUCGAGAACUUUAAAAACGGGACGACAGGGCUGCUGGUGGCGACGGACGUCGCUGCGCGCGGGCUAGACAUCCCCAAUGUCGGGGCCGUGAUCAAUUAUACAUUCCCGCUGACGAUAGAGGACUACAUCCACCGAAUCGGAAGAACUGGACGUGGUGGAAAGACCGGCAAGUCGAUUACGUUCUUCACUGGGGAAGGGCACGAGCGCGCGCUUGCCGGAGAAUACGCGCGGGUGCUGAGGGAGGGUGGGUUUGACAACUCGCAGCUGCAGGCGAGGUUCCCGAUGACGAUCAAGAAGAAAGAGCACAGUGCCUAUGGGGCAUUCUUCAGAGACGAUAUCCCAGUGCCCAAGGGCCCGACUAAGAUAACGUUUUGA